UAAUGCGGGCCAUUCACUAGACGGACCUGAACUCGGACGGCAACCGGGACCCGACUGACGACUCAUCCACGUUUGUCAAUACAUUAGACGGAAACUACACGAACCCUGCAAAAGAGCUACACUGAAUGUGGCGAACCCAAUAGCAUUAUGUCUCCGAUAUUAUCAAAAAAGGCGAAAGUUGCUUUGGCUGUAGGUACAAUCAUAUUAUUAGAAUCAGAAAAAAAGAAAAAACGUGUUUGGGUGAAAGAAUGGCUGCAAAAGAGAGAACAAUUUACUCAUUUGCGAUUAUUGAAAUGUAUCCAAUCAUGUGAACCACUUGAUGUUAUAAAUUACCUCAGAAUGGACUAUGACGCAUUCCAAGAAUUAUUAAUGCUAGUAAAACCUCUGAUAGAAAAGAAGAACACUUUAUUCAGAGAAGCAGUAAGCGUUGAAGAACGUCUAUUGGCCACCUUGAGGUUUCUGGCAACUGGAAGGAGUUAUGAAGACUUGAAGUUUUCUUGUAUAAUUUCUCCUCAGUUACUUGGAAGAAUAAUUCCAGAAACGUGUCGUGCUAUAUACAACUGCCUCCGGAAGAAAUACUUAUGUUUUCCAUCAAAAGAAGAGGAAUGGCUCAAAGUAGCAGAAGGAUUUAACAAUAUGUGGCAAUUUGAAAAUUGCUUAGGAGCCGUAGACCGCUAACACAUAGCUAUCAAACAGCCCCCAGGAAGUGGUUCAUACUAUUAUAACUAUAAAGGAUUUUUCAGUGUUGUGUUGUUUGCUAUCGUAAAUGCUAAUUAUGAAUUUACUUAUGUAAGUUGUGGAACUAAUGGAAGAAUAUCAGACGGGGGGGUCAUUAAGAAAACAGAUUUUUACAAUUCACUGAUAACAGAUUCUUCAAAAUUACCCCAACCAGUCAAUAUGCGAGGAAUUCAAAAUAAAUUACCCUUUGUGUUUAUUGGGGACGAAGCCUUUAGUCUAAUGACAAAUUUCAUGACGCCAUACAGACAAACCAACAGUAUUGGUUAUGAAGAAAAAUGUUUCAACUAUCGACUUUGCUGUGCCAGGCGCGUAGUAGAAAACGCAUUCGGGAUCAUGGCAAAUAGAUUCAGGAUUUUCCUAACGCC